AUGCUCAGAGAAGAGGAGGAGGCUGCCAGGACCUUUGACGGUGACAGAUCUGGAGCUGCAGAGAGCACAGUGGAAGAGUCUGGGGAGGAUAAACAAGACAGGGUCCAUCUGCUCAAGGAAUUUCCAGCCCAAGACUCAGGCAGCCGGCACCAAGCAAUAGGCAUUUCUUGGGAUAACUGGCACAAGCACUGCAAAACUGGGAGCAAGAGAAAGCCCUACCGCAAGAAGUGAAAAUAUGAGCUGGGGUGCCCUGCUUUCGACACUAAGAUUGGCUGCCACCACAUACACACAGUCCAUGUGUGGGGAGGCAGCAAGAAAUACCAUGCCUUGAGGCUGGGCAUGAGCAACUUCUCCUGGGGCUCAGAGUGUUGUACGCGCAAAACAGGGAUUAUUGAUGUUGUCUGCAAUGCAUCCAACAAUGAAUUGGUUCUUGCAGAGACCCUAGUGAAGAACUGCAUUGUGCUCAUUGACAGCACACCCUACCGAGAGUGGAAAGAGUCUCACUCGGCACUGUCCCUGGGCCGCAAGAAGGGGGCCAAGCUGGCUCCUGAGGAGGAAGAGAUUUUUUUUCCCAAAAAAACAAUAAAAAAAAUUCAGAAGAAAUGUGAUGAAAGAAAAAAACAACAACACUACAAUCAGCAGUCUUCUAGAAGAUUAGUUUCAUUGGUUUUUUUUUAG